UGUAUUGUAUGUUUCUCCAGGAAAAAAAGAACAGUGCAUCAGAGUUCACUUCUGAAAACAUGCUGAUGUCUGUGCUUGACUUGUUUGUAGCUGGAACAGAAACAACCAGCACGACCAUAAGAUAUGGGCUCCUGGCUCUCCAGAAAUACCCAGAGGUAGAAGAGAAAGUGCAGGAAGAGAUUGACCGCGUGGUCGGCCGAGCCAGGGCGCCAUGCAUAGCUGACCGCGGGCAGAUGCCUUACACAGACGCCGUCAUCCACGAAAUCCAGAGGUUCAUCUCUCUCAUCCCACUGGCUCUCCCCCACUCAGUGGCCAAACACACCCCCUUCCGACAAUUCGUCAUCCCAAAGGUAACGGCUCUGCUUCUAGGGCAAAACAGGAGCUCCUGUGUGACCGAGGGGACUGAUGUAGGGGCAUGGAUCUUGGCAGGGCUCAGGGCUGUGUUUCUGUCUUGCCAGUAG